UCAAUCAGCCCGGGUGCGAAAGGUACGAAAUUUGCGAAAACUCUUUCGUCUCCCCGUCGUCCGCCAUGUUUUGCUGGCAUGCGCAUCGAGUGGACCGCCAAAUUCAAAGUGCGCCCACCCUUUGAUUCGGCCCGCAAUCACCCUCAUUCCCUCGCAAUCGUGAUAACAAGCGCAAUUUAAAUUCGGUCUGUGUUUGGGUAUAAAUUUGUGUCGCCGAAAAGUCCACAGUCCAAAUUACCAGGCGAAAGUUUAUUAAUAAAAUACAGUGGUGUGUGUGAACAAAGCGGUGAUUCCAACUUGUGGAUGCACCGCAAUGUCGAGCAGGCUAGUGCGUAAGUCACGCGGUGGCAGCAGCAGCAGCAAGAGUGCGGGCGAGGGCAGCACGACGCUUGGAGCGCAGUCCGCCGCCCCCCAGCGCCGCGUAAACAUGGCGGACGCCAACGACGGCUGGCCGCUGCAUCGCGCCGUCUUCGAGAACGACCUAAAGGCGGUGUCGCGCCUACUGCGGAAGCACGAUGCAGCUGAACGGGAUAAACAUGGUAACACUCCACUGCAUCUGGCCGUCAUGCUGGGGAGGAAAGAGUGCGUCCAGUUGCUGUUGAAGCAUGAUGCACCUGUCAAAGUCAAGAAUAGCCUAGGAUGGACAGUCCUCUCAGAGGCAAUCAGCUACGGCCACCGACCAACCAUCUACUCGUUAGUACGCAAGUUCCGCCAGCAGAGCCGCGAGCAGAUGGAAGUCCGCCGGCCGAAUCUAGUUGAAGCCCUCAAUCAAAUCGACGACUUUUACAUGGAACUCAAAUGGGACUUUCAGUCAUGGGUCCCGCUGGUAUCACGUAUCCUACCCUCGGAUAUCUGCAAGAUAUACAAGUCAGGCGCUAACAUUCGGCUGGACACCACUCUGGUUGACUUUUCAGACAUGCGCUGGGAACGCGGCGAUAUUUCAUUCAUAUUCAACGGUAAUGCGCCGCCAAGCCAAUCAUUAACCGUUCUGGACAACGUCCUUAAAGUAUACCAGAGUGUAAAGUAUGAAGAAAGCGAGAUGGAGAUCGAGGAUGAAGUUGAUUUGUUGAUGUCGACUGAUAUUCUCGCAGCGCAGAUUUCCACCAAGGGAAUAUCUUUUGCGCGUGCGCAAAGCGGGUGGAUAUUUCGCGAGGAUCGCACCGAGAUGGUCGCCGGGCAGUACGCCAGCGAGUUGUACAUCGUGCACGGCCUAGUGUUGGAGAGCCGCAAGCGACGUGAGCACCUAUCGCUCAAUGACCUGCAGAAAAACAAAGCGCUGCUGGAGAGUUUCACGAAAGGCGGCGGUGGUGCACAGACGUUCGACUUUAACGGCGCGCCUGUGCGUCGCUCCAGCCUCAGCCCACCACCGGAUAAAUCCAUCACAUGGCAACAGUAUGUCGCAUGUGAAGAAAACUGUUAUCCACGUUUAGGCCGCGAUCUAGUCUAUAAAGAAUCAUCAAAGAACUUCAAGGCGACCAUUGCGAUGAGUCCGGAAUUCCCGCUGUCGGUGGAGAUGCUGCUGAACGUCCUGGAGGUGAUCGCGCCCUUCAAGCACUUCUCGAAACUGCGCGAUUUUGUUUCAUCCAAAUUACCGGCCGGUUUCCCUGUCAAAGUGGAGAUUCCUAUAUUACCGACCGUCACCGCAAAGAUCACGUUUCAAGCGUUCGAGUUCCGCGACGACAUCCCCAAGGAGAUGUUCCACAAACCGAAGGAUUACAUUGAGGACCCGAUGCGCUUUCCCGACUUAUGACGCCCCGAACUGCUCAACAGCUUCGAGGUGGCGUGCGUCGCGAAGCCGCGCUUCGUCAUGCCGACGGAUGUGUGUUAUGCGCGCGCAGCGGCAUCCCGGCAGCCGCCCGCCACCCAUCAGUCGCCCACCGUCGCCGUCGAGCUGCCGAUGCUCUUCACCCUCGGCAGCGUCUACUCGGCCAGCUGCCUCCUGUACAUAGAAUGAGCCGACGACGACCAAAGUCUGAAUUUAUACUUUCACACCCGCGCAUUAUACCAAAAAACAAACAAAACAAAAAAGAACUUAAAGUAAUAAUUAACAUCAUGUGCACACGGUGAUGAGACGCGACGGCGACGAGAUACCGCUUAUUACAUUCCAAUCCACCGCUUAACAUACACAUAUCACAACCAGAAUCACAACCCCCACCACCGAACUCCUCUCAUCCUUUUCUCUCUCUCUCUCUGUCAUCGGCAGAGCGUCGUCUCCACCACCAGUGAAAAACAUAAUGAAAUUUAGACGAAUAAAGAGUAUUUCUGUCAAUUAA